UUCGUAUCGCGGGCUUCGAACGGAGCAGAUCGGAACUUACGGCUACGGACUUCGCACUACGGUCGGGAAGGAUUACGCGAAGAGGAUACGCGAAAAGGAUACGCGAUGAGGCAGCUGCUGGUUUACGCGUUGGUCGCGGGCUUGUUUUACUUUUCCGAAGGCAAGCCGUGCCCCGAAAAGACACGCCCCCACAAAACCCGCUGCGACGCCUUCUACAAGUGCCGGGAACUGCCCUCCAACUCGCACGUUUGGAUUCCGGUGAAGUGCAACGAGGGAUUGGUGUUCGAGUCCAGUUUGGGCAGCUGCGUUCUGCCUGGCGAGGAUUGGGAGUGCAUCACCCCGAGUGAGAUGAGCUCCACGCAGUCGCCACCUGGGAGGCCGGACGCGGACAUACUGAUAGUCAACGACAUGGACGAGGCGGGUCUGCUUUUGAGCGACUCCAGUCACAAGGACGAUGGCACCGUGGAAAUAAUUCUAGACUCCACACUGAGCAGUGAGGAGAAUGAGGUUAAUGAGGAGGCGGCCAAGAGCAAGCCGCAGCCGGAGGAGGACUUCUCUUCCAAUCACAACUUCGACUCGAGCGGCGAUGGGGAGCUGGUGGAACUGGAUUCCCCCGCUGGUCUGAAGCCCGAGAACCGCGAGGAGGUGACUUCCAGCAGCAUGGAGCACAGAACAGAGGUGGAAAAGCUAAGAACGGAACUUAAACAGGUGGCUGGUAUCAGCGAAAUAGCCAAGCCGGGAUCGCCCAUCGAUCCCAGCCUGACUGCUCACCUGCAGAGAUUGUCCCAACUGAUUGAUGGACUGCAGCAGACCUACCAGAAGACAGAUAAACCUCAGACGGAAAUGCGACCAGACCAGUUGAAUGCUUUUCUGGCGCACUUUGACAUCAAGAACCGGUAUGAGAUGAUGAACCCCAUGGAGCAGACCUCUUCCACAAUCACCACCACCACCAGUACCACAGAAGCACCCAAAAUAAAGCCAAGGCUACCGGAACCCACCUCGAAUAAGACCCGCCUGCAGGAGCACCUGAGCCACCAUCGCCUGGAACCGGAGACGAAACUAAUGCUCAGCAAUGCCGUGCCCUACUCCUCGCAUGGAACCACCGGGCAGGGAUAUGCCAACUCUCAGAUAGUGGUGAAUCGCCCCGAAGGCUCUGUGAUGUUUGCCCUGCCGCCCAAUUACGGAAUGAGCCAGGAACAGGGUUCGUAUGUAAGCCACCAGAGUCACGAGUACAGCGAUCAUGAGCCCAAGAUAUCGGAGGACACCUUGAAGACGGUUCUGGAGCUGUCCAAGCAAAUGAUCGCCGCACAAAACCUGCCCAAAGUGCUGCCCAAUCCGGGCUUCAAUGGUGCCUAUUACCAACCCAUUCUGCAGCCUGUUUUCAUGUCGCCCCAGGGCAAUCCCUUCCAGCAGUACUACGGCAUGCCGCCUCCCUUAAAUCCACACUACAUGCAGCACAAGAAGCACUCCGCUGGAGGCGGUUCCUCUAGCAAUGGCUAUAACAAGCCCAGCACCACCAUUAUUCACAACAAUGUGAUACCUGUUCACCUAUCCAGCACGAGUUCGGGGGAAAAAGAGGUGCUGGACACCUAUGGCAAUAGUUUGGGGGUAUAUCCCAGCAUGGAUAAACAUGUGACCGCCAGCCAGGCCAGUGGCAUGGAGUACAUGACCACAGCUCGGCCCGUUACGAUCGCAACUACUGCCAGCACCUACUCCGCACAGUACGGAUCCCAGUCCCCGUUCGCCAGUGACUACACCCUGACCACUCCGCGACCCUUUGAGCAGCAACCUUCAGCCGCCACAGUGGCCACGUACUAUACUCCAAGUCCGCAUUUGGGCGAGCACAACGCGAAUAGGGUAUACCAACCCACCGAAUCGUAUCCCACGAUGAAUAUACCCAGACCCAUGGACAUGUUUCCAGGACAAAUCGAUGCGGACAGGGUGAGCAUUCGACCCAACUCGCAGAAAAUCGAAAGCAUGGAGAUGGACGAAGAUAUGAUUAAGGCCAACUAUCAAAGUGGCUCUGGUAUUGGGAAUGGGAAUGGGAACACUCUUCCUCACGUACUGACCUACAGCAGCGACAUGAGCCAGCAAUUAGCACCUUCGAAUGGCUAUCUGGAGCAGAGCUAUAGCCUCCAGCAGCCGCAGCACCACCACCAUCCAUAUAUGCCCAGGCCCAGACCCACGAUGAGCAGCAGUAUCUAUAGUGACUCGGAUGGCAAUAUGGAGAUGAGCAUGUUCACCAGCAGUCCGAAUCUUAACCCAUUCAAGGGCGGCAACGUGAAGUACCCAGGAAGCACUUCGCCCAAUGGCCAGCUGGUUAACUUCAAUGGCAACUUCAUCAGCCUGGAUGUCUUCCAGAAAUCCAUACUUCCCCUUAUGACCAAGUCGCCAUCCGCUUUAAAUGAGCUGGGAAACGUGGAGGUCAUCACAUGCCAGGCGGGCGUAAGACAGCCAAAUCAAACUGACUGCACGCGAUAUUUCGUUUGCAGCAAGAAGGAUGGCAAGGUCCUGUCCUACUCCUGUCCGCCUUACACGGCCUUCAAUAAGCAGACCAGGAUUUGCGAUGCCCCCACCUAUGCACAGUGCAGCAAUGUUAUACCUGCCUUCAAUGGCUACACCAUCGAUAGCAAUAGGAGGCUCCAGAUGGAGGCCAUCAAGAUGCUGAGUGAGGCCAAGAGGAGACAGGAGGCUGCCUUAAAGGCCCAGAGCAUAGCCAGUCUGAUCCAGCAAUACGGAAGCGCGCAAAAGGCGCAACCUGGCAUAUCGUCCAACGUAGAGAAUGAUCCCCUGGACUCGUAUGUGGUCAGCUUGCCAGAAGUCAGUCUGUCCACCACCACCAGCAGACCCACCAUCAUCCAGAGCAGCAGUGGUGUGAGUAGUGGUGGAUCGUCGACUCCCGCAAAGAAGAGAAAGUACUACUGCAAGGAGGGCGAUAAGAUCCCGGAUCAGACCUCCAUUUCCAGCUACUUUGUGUGCUACAAGAACGCCCAGGGUCAAAUGAAGGGCCACAAGAUGAGCUGCUCCAAGAGCCUGCUCUUCUGUCCCAAGACCCUCAUGUGCACCCUCGCCUCCAAGUGCACCGACUAAUCCGUUCCAAAUUGUUGAGAAUUUUUCCACAUUUGCCACCUUAAGUUACUUGCCUAGACGCUAAGUUAUUUAUUCUAGUUUUAGUUGUGACCGAAACGAGACCUAUUAAACUUCUG